AUGUACGACCCAGUAGAUUCAUCCGGAAUGCCCCUUCGAAUAGCCGACUCAGCGCCGCGCUUUGCAGGCAAUUAUACUCAACUCGUCAACUUCCUGGAGUCAGUAGAACAACUUGCGCAACCGCUUGGUUUAUCGGACAAGGAGAUCAUCAAGUAUGCACUGAAGUAUACAGCGCCUAAACAAAGGCAGCUUCUCUCAUACUACGAAGGUGACAACUAUGUAGAAUUCGCUGAUCAUGUCUUGUAUUUCUAUCUAGAAUGUGGUGUUGACCACUAUACGCGCCCUAUCUUUGAAAAACCAGCCACCAUCGAAGCGCCCCUUGCAAGCGCACCUCCGCAACCAGAAUGCGCUCAAGAGCAACCAGAAGUAGAAGCCAUCGCACCAAUACCUGAACUCGAAGUAUGCGAGCCAUCAAUCACCGUCCAAAUCUCCCAGAAGCGCCUCUGGAGGGAUUAUACCCCACCAUUCACGAUGACUCUAAACAUCCAUGCACCUAAACGCGCCAAUUCCGGAGCCUCUGCAGUACCAGAGGCUAAUAAGCGCCGCUAUCCUCCGACCAGGUUAUGUCCCCUGAAACAUCCGCACAUUAGCGCGCCUAUUCCGGAGCCUUCUGAAGCACCAGAGGCUAAUAAUGCGCCGCUAUCCGACCAGGUUAUGUCCCCGGAAACUCCGUCUGUCGUUGACACAUCCGUGCUCAUCGCGCUUUCCGCACUCAGUGACCAUCCGCAGGUGCAAUAUCCGUGCACCAUACCGCUGCCAGUCAGUGAUGACUUUAAACAUCUAUCCGUAGUCAGGGAUGACUCUAAACAUCCAUCGCAUCUUAACGCGCCUGUUGCAGAGUCUUCUGCAGUACCAGAGGCUCAAAACACACCACCUUCCGACCAGAGUAUAUCUCUGGUAACCCCAUCCGUCACUGAUCAUUCUGCGCAUUCCGCGCUUUCCGCUUACAGUGAUUACCGUUUGCUGGUGAAACAUCCGUGCAUCACAUCGCCCAUCCGCCAAUUAGAUCAUGUCUUGCAUGACUCUGAUGCGCCUCCAGCGCGCCGCCAUACACCUGAGGUCGCGCAGGUCAUGCACCUAGAGGCAUUGUAUAUUCAUCCUCGUUCUAUAUCGCAUUUCUCGUCCAUUUCGUGUUUAAAGCUCUCAAGGAGCCAUAUGCCAGUCGCCAUUAUUUCGCCUGGAUCUCCGCAUCAUUUUAUUGUUAAUUCGUCCUUCAUGCACCGCAUUCGCGUGUCAUGCGCUUAUACUCCCGCGCUAUAUGCGCCCGCCAUUGCAGAAGAGCUUUCCUGCUAUCGCAUUUUUACCAUUUCAUCAGUUUUGAACCGCAUUUCUCUCAUCCAGAACCAGUCUCGUUUUAAUUUGCCGUCCAUGCGCAGCUUAUGCGCACAUUAUCCGACCAUAGAGCACCCCCACGCGCCUUAUAUCGCCCCAUUAGGGCGCGCCUUCAACUUGUACCGCAAGGUGCAAGAAUUCAUUCCACCGGUUACUAGUCCGCCCUCAAGCCGCAUUUGA